AUGACAACACAAACCAUACCAAUUUAUCGUACCACUACCAAUUUAAACAGUACAGAUAAUAAAAAUGAUGUAUGGUUUAAUGCACUUGAUUUUACACAUGAUCAAGAUGAACAUAUACGUUGGCUUAGUCGUCCUAAUCAACUAUCAGUACACAAGAAAUAUCCUAGUGAUGUAGAAAAUUUUCGUAUUACAUUUGACGUCGAAAAUUUUCAACCGAAAAAAAUUAAAAUCUAUAUUCAAAACUACAAAUUAACGAUAUCAGGUGUUUAUGAAGAGCGUGAUGGUAAUCGUCUUGUUCAAAAAGAAUUUGAAAGAAAAUUCGAUAUUCCAGUGAAUGCUGAUGUUGAUUCAAUGUCAUCUUUUAUUACUCCCGCUCAUAUGCUUGUUGUCGAAAUUCCGUUGAAUCCAUCAGCAGAAGUUGAACAUUUAAAUAUUAGUGGCAAUCAAAAUGAUCUACAUCGUCUAUCAUUUUCACUAAAUAAAUUUAAUUUAUCUAAUAAACAAGGUUUAUCAUCAACAUUACAUGAUAGUUCUAGUUUAUCAAUAUCAAGUCAACAAAUUCAACGAAUAUCAUUUACAAAAACCAUAACAACAACAACAACAAGUGGUGCAACUGCUCCUCCGUUCGAAGCAAUUGAAUUGCUUAAAAGUGCAGGUAUAACAAAUUAUAACAAUAUUUAUACUUACAGUGCAUAUACAUCGAAGCAUCCUACAUCGAAUACAGACAAUCAAAAUAUUAUUAUUCAUGAGCCUAAUAGAUCAUCGACGACACAUGGCCAACAAACACUAUUAACAAGUUCAGAUUUGACAAAUUCAUCGCUAAAAAUUCCAAUGGACCUUUGGACUAAUGGUGGUACAAUAACAAUUCAAAACCGAAAAGUGUCUGUAACAAAAGCAACCGAUGGUAACAUUGAUCGAGCUGUUACUGUACCACUUUCGUAUAAUAAUGCUGAUAUAAAAUCAGCGUCACUGGUAAGUACAAGUACUACACCUAGCGCUUCACCAAAUGCAUUCAAUCAACAAAAAACGAACAUUAGAGAAGGUCAUGGUUUAAAAGCGCUGUCAAAUAGUAAGAAUCAAAGUCGAAAAUAUACACUUGAAGAAUUUCUUCAAAAUAAAAUCUGGAAUCCAUCGCUUGUUGAUGGUAGUGAUGGCAAGAAAAUUCUUCAUAUGCGUUUACAAAUGAAGUCAGAUGCAACAUUGAAUCAAAUAAAAAUUUCACUGAAUGCAUAUGAUUUACGAGUAGAAUUUAAUAAUAAGAUAUCCACUGAAGACCGUCAAUUUAUGACUGAAGAUAGUUAUCGUCAAGUUACUCUUUUGCCUAUGUGUGAAAUAGAUCAAUUGAAAACAGAAUUAAAAGAUGAUGGUUUUCUUCAUAUCCAAGUUCCAAUCAAAUUAUAA